GUGUCCGUUCUCCUCAGUACCAGACGACCUGACCCCAGAGGAGAAGCAGGAGCUGGAGAAUAUUCGGCGGCGCAAGCAGGAGCUGCUCCAAGACAUCCAGCGGCUGAAGGAUGAGAUAGCAGAGGUGACGAAUGAGAUUGAAAACCUGGGCUCCACAGAGGAGAGGAAGAACAUGCAGAGGAACAAACAGGUGGCAAUGGGCCGAAAGAAAUUCAACAUGGACCCCAAAAAGGGCAUCCAGUUCCUGAUUGAGAACGACCUGCUGAAGAACACGUGUGAGGACAUAGCUCAGUUCCUUUAUAAAGGCGAGGGACUCAAUAAGACGGCCAUCGGCGAUUACCUGGGAGAGAGAGAUGAAUUUAAUAUCGAGGUUCUUCACGCCUUUGUGGAGCUGCAUGAGUUCACGGAUCUGAACCUCGUCCAGGCCCUCAGACAGUUCCUGUGGAGUUUCCGGUUGCCAGGUGAAGCUCAGAAAAUCGACCGUAUGAUGGAGGCGUUUGCCCAACGGUACUGCCAGUGCAACCCUGGAGUCUUCCAGUCCACAGAUACCUGCUACGUUUUGUCGUUUGCAAUCAUCAUGCUCAACACCAGCCUACACAACCCCAACGUCAAAGACAAGCCGUCAGCCGAGCGCUUCAUCGCCAUGAACAGAGGGAUAAAUGAUGGAGGAGACCUGCCUGAGGACCUGCUCAGAAACCUGUACGAAAGCAUCAAGAACGAGCCCUUUAAGAUACCCGAAGAUGACGGCAACGACCUCACACACACCUUCUUCAACCCAGACCGUGAGGGAUGGCUGCUGAAACUGGGUGGAAGAGUGAAGACAUGGAAGAGGCGAUGGUUCAUCCUGACAGACAACUGUCUGUAUUACUUUGAGUACACAACAGAUAAAGAACCAAGAGGGAUCAUUCCCCUGGAAAACCUCAGCAUCAAGGAGGUGGAAGACUCUAAAAAGCCAAACUGCUUUGAGCUCUACAUCCCAGACAAUAAGGAUCAGGUGAUCAAGGCAUGUAAGACAGAGGCAGAUGGACGGGUGGUGGAGGGGAACCACACCUUCUACCGAAUCUCUGCACCAACCACAGAGGAGAAAGAAGAAUGGAUCAAAAGCAUCAAAGCUGCCAUCAGUAAGGACCCAUUCUAUGAGAUGCUUGCGGCUAGGAAGAAGAAGGUGUCAUCAGUGAAGAGACAGUAGGAGACUCUGUUACUGUAGGGAUCUGUACCCAAUCCUAUGUACUGAACUGUCUCAAUAUGGACCGUCAGAGAAUCAGCUGCGGCCUAGAACCCAUGAUCCUGGACUGGACAGAUUUCUCUCAGGACGCCUUGAAUGUUGAGACUGACUCGACUGUGCAAAGGGAAUUCUGGGAAGGGGCCUACAGCCUCUGUCAAGUUUCCCUGUUUAAAAGAACGUCUUUGGGACUUCAUCACUCUAUCGUUCCCCUGCGGAGUGGAAGUCCAUGCUUCCAGUCGUCAUCAUACUCACACACACACACACACACACACACACACACGUGAUUAUCAAAACUCAGCAGGCCUGACUGAAUGCAGCAUCUGCUCCAAGAUUUUCUAAAACUUGCUACAGAGAAAAAUAUGCCCUCCCUCAGCGUGCGUUAAAUGUUUGUACAGAUGGAG